AUGAAGGUAAGGGCGAAGCAGAGGAAGGACCGCACCCCGGUCGUACGCCGGGCGGCCUUUCGGACGGGCGAAGGGCGUGACGACGGGAGAGACGUAAGUGGAACCGAAGGGACCAUGAUCCGACUUUAUGCGGACGCAGGACCGUGGCUCAAGAUGGACAACGAAUGGCCCGAGGAACCGCUGGCGAAACCCGACUGGAAUGACCGAGCACGGGAGCCGCCGGGCCUCCCUGCCCGUGGUCGGCCUCCUUUCUGCCGCAUCGUGCUGCCUCCGUCCCCUCCACCUGGCUUCCGCCGGCCCCUCGGCCGCCUGUGCUGGCCUCCUGUCGGCCCAUCCAUUGCCCCGUCCACCAGUGGGCGUCCCACCCCCCCGGUCUGCCGCCGGCCUCCCCCUCAGGGAAACCGCAGGGCGAGCCGCAUGGACUGCCUCCUGGGCGGACCGAAGGGCAGUGACGAACGGUCCCCGCCGGGCGGCCGGACGGGUAGGGCCACCUCCGGGCGCGCCGCCGGCAGGCCCGAACCGCCAAUGCGCGACAGGGAGUCCGACGGUCGGACCGACGGUCGGCCCAGGGAGCGACGAGGGCCACCGAGGGAGGCCGAAUGGCUGCCGCCGGUCUGCCGCAGUAGGCCGUCCUGUAGGCCGCCCUUGGCUGCCCGCAUGGCGACUAAUGGUAGACAGACGAGCGGCUCGGACCCCGGGAGGCCCGACCACUGGCACGCGUGA